AUGUCCCUGGGGCUGCAGGGCAGAGCAUAUUUCUGUUUCCUGACGACAGCCCUGGGUGUGACAGCUGGUGCGCAUCGUCUGUGGAGCCACCGUUCCUACAAAGCCAAGCUGCCUUUGCGGAUCUUUCUGGCUGCAGCUAACUCCAUGGCUUUCCAGAACGACAUCUAUGAGUGGAGCCGAGACCACCGUGUGCACCACAAGUACUCGGAGACAGAUGCGGACCCACACAACGCCCGCCGCGGCUUCUUCUUCUCCCACAUUGGCUGGCUGUUUGUGCGGAAGCACCGGGAUGUCAUAGAGAAGGGGAGGAAACUGGAUUUCACUGACCUGCUUGAUGACCCUGUUGUCAGGUUCCAAAGAAAGUAUUAUAAGAGUUCAGUUGUGCUGAUGUGCUUUGUGAUCCCUACCUUUGUGCCGUGGUACCUCUGGGGCGAGAGUCUGUGGAAUGCCUACUUCCUUGCCUCCAUCCUCCGGUACACCAUCUCCCUCAACGUCACCUGGCUGGUCAACAGCGCUGCUCAUAUGUAUGGCAACCGCCCUUAUGACAAGUACAUCAACCCCAGGCAGAACACGUUUGUCACUCUGGGAGCCAUCGGUGAGGGUUUCCAUAACUACCACCACACCUUCCCAUUCGACUACUCAGCCAGCGAGCUGGGCCUGAAGUUCAACCCCACCACCUGGUUCAUUGACUUCAUGUUUUGGUUGGGGUUGGUCACUGACCUCAAGCAGGCUCCAAAGGAGAUGAUCCAGGCUCGCAAGGAAAGGACUGGAGAUGGCAGUGCUUGAAAAGUAACACUUCGCUGUGCCAGCGCUGUCGUACAUGUGGGUGAGGGUGUGCGUGCACACUCUCUUGCCUGUGGUAAAUUUAUUUUCCUCUGGGUAAAACUAGUUUUUUCAGAUCAGCUGGACCAAAUUAAUUACCCAGGAACAGAUUUGGCCCCAGCUUUUUCCUUUAUUAGCUGUCUUAUGUCCAAACUUCAGAUUAUUCAGUGUAAAAAUGUUGUAUAUUAUUUAAUAUUAUAGUUAAACAGGAGAGAGAUUUGAUUUUACUCACUGUAGUUCAUAUCUGAAAUACAUUGUAAUUUGUUUGUUGGUGGUAAACUUUGGCAGGUUGGAGGAACUAACUAUCCUAUCCAAGUGCAGUUAGGGGAGAUUUUUGUUUCUAUUAUCAAUCAAAUACACUUUUGAGAUGCCUCUCUCAGAGAGGAUGGGGCAGGGUCCAAUGUGCUGUUUCAGCUACAGACUAAUGGAAAGGACAGUAACAGCACUGAUGAAAAACAGGAUGACCAAGGGGAAAGAUUGGCCUAAAUUUAGAUAUUAGUUUGAAAGCCUGCUUUCUUUUUUUGUUCACCCUGUUAGCCAGCUCAGUGUGCUGCUGUCUUUGCUAAAUAUGAAAACCAUUUAUUGCUGAGCAGGCUUUUGUGUUGAAGAUUAGGCUCUAUACAGGCCAAAAUAGCAACUGAUGCUAUGUUGAGAUGAUUCCUUUGUUGUCACAUAUACAUUGUAAUUUGUAAAGGUAUAGAGCUCAACCAUGUCUUAAGACAAAUAAAGUUUUGGUUUCAAUAUUUGGAGACCUAAGUUAUAUUCUAAUCAGACAUAGCCAUCGAUGCAUGCAUAUUUCGGCUGCUUUUGCACAAGAGGCCUCUUAAUUUCUUUUUCUGCCUUUGACUAGCGGGUCUUAGAAUACUAACCUUUAUCUAAGUCAGUCUCUACUAGUAUUUCAGCUGCAUGCAACAUCCAUUGGUUUCUGAGCAAAAUAUAGAGACAGUUAUGUAGCUUCAGAAUUUUAACAGUUGCCUUGUUUAAAAAGAAAAAAAGAAAAAAA